AGCCCCCUCCCAAACUACACCCGCCACAUAACCACGCACUCCAUCGCCGACCAAAACCAAAACCCAGUUGCAACAGUCCACUCCACCACCCCGGGAACCUGGACCGCCGUCGAAGGCACUACCUUCGCCUUCAGCGUCGCCUACACCACCUCCGCCUUCCCGGCGACCCUCACCGACGACGCCGACAUCCACGCCCACGAGGCUCUCCUCACAACCAACACCCUCGGGCUGGUCAACCCCGGCGGCACGGUCUGCCGGGUAGUCGACUUCGCCCCGGGCAAGCCGCCACUGAUGCACCGCACGCGCAGCCUGGACUACGGGAUCGUGCUGGAGGGGGAGAUCGAGAUGGUGCUGGACUCCGGGGAGACAAGGCAUCUCAGGCGGGGCGAUAUCGCCGUGCAGCGGGCUACGAUGCAUGCGUGGCGGAAUCCUCACCCAACGGAGUGGACGCGGAUGGUGUUUGUGUUGCAGGAUUGCGAGGCGGUGACGGUUGGUGGGGUGGUGUUGGGGGAGGAUCUG